AUGGAAGCGGAGAUUCUGAAGAUGACGUGUGCCAUGUUCCACGGUGGAAACGACGCUUGUGGAGUGGUGGCUGGCGGUGGAACGGAGGCUCUGAUGCUCGCCUGCCUGGCCUACCGUAACCGAUCGAGAGCAAGAGGAGAGUGGAGAGCCGAGAUAUUGGCUCCGUCGACGGCUCAUCCGGCGCUGGAUAAGGCUGCCGCAUUCUUCGAUAUGACUAUUAAAAGAAUCCAAGUCUCCGAAACCGACGACACUGCGAACGUCGGAGCGAUGAAACGAGCCAUCGGACCGCGCACGUGUAUGUACGGUCAAUGUCCGGGUCGCCUGUCCGUGCUGAUGUACCGUGAGCCCGUUUUCCUUCGUCACCAGUUCUUCACAAAUUCCGAAUGGCCGGGUGGUUGCUAUGCGACGCCGACGAUGUCCGGUGGAAGAGACGGUGGAGCUGUGGCCACUGCGUGGGCGAUUAUGUUGCGGAAAGGACGCGAUGGAUAUAUCAAUGCGUGUCAGAGAAUUGUGGAAGGAACCCGCCAGCUGGCCUACCGACUCAAAGGAAUCGAUGGAAUAUCGAUUCGAGGAUCGGCGGAUCUUUGUGUGGUGGCAUUCACGACAUCCGAAGUCAAUGUGUACAAUUUGGUGGAUUUUAUGGUUCACAAGGUUAAUAUUAACGCAAAAUGA